AUGUGGACAUCCCUCAUUCCACCAUCAGUCCGUGUCGGUGCCGUACACCUCCUUACUGGAGUAGUCACGUGGUUGCGCGGGCGGGUGGCGCAAGACGUCUUGGUGGCACCCAUCGCAUGUGCUGAAGCCGCCACUUCAGCACUUGCGAUGGUCACUGACACAAGCUCCGAAGAUGGGUUCCGUAUCAACUGCGCCCCCCACGACGAAGAUGAAUGGAGCGAGUUCUCCAUCGACCCCCACGCGUUUCGCAGCGUCGGGCCCUGCGGUCGCUGCACGAUGGUCAAUGUCAACCAAGCCACUAGCACGAGCCGGGGCGCUCCCCUCAAGCAGCUGGCAUCGAGGGGAAAUCCACUUGGCCAAUAA